AGAAAGUUUAACCCACUGUAAAAAAAUAUACAUUAUUUUGUGAUUGUUCACGUUUUCUGUAUUGAUCAAGUUAUUAUCUAUACACUUUAAUCGAUAAUAUAUAACACUGUUAUCGGUAGAAAAGGUGUUGUUCCACUCCAAAACCUUGUUUCUGGUAAUUUUCCGCACCGUACCUUCUCAAACGUGGCUCAAAUUUUGUUGUGAAUCAAUUCUUUAACAUCAGAAAGUCUCUGUCAACGGGUCUCUAAUUAAGCUCUAAUUUUGUUGUGAUAUCUUGUAGGGAAUCAAUUCUUUAACCUCAGAAACAGUCUCUGUCAUAGACUCCAAUUAAAAUUUGUCGAGUAGUGUUGUAGUGUUUGAAAAACUUGUGUUUUGUGUUAGUUUUCCGUCGCCAUGUUGUUACUAAGAGCUGGUUUAUUGGUUAUUGUGUUAAGUGAGUUGGGAGUUUUAUCAUGUAGUGCCCAGGAUUCAAAUGAAUACAGUAAUCAUUGGAGCUCCUUCUAUGAGAAGCCAUGCUGUGUGGGACAGCGUCAUCUCAGACAUCAUAAAGAUCAUGUCCGGGACUUCACGUGUGGUCGCAUGUACUACAGAACCCUGUUUGUGGAUGAGAAAAAGGAUACGCUCUUUGUUGGCGCCAUGGACAAAGUGUUCAGACUGAACCUGAGCAAUAUCAGCCAUUCCAACUGCGAGUUUUUCAUGAAUUGUUUGUUUUUUAUUGUUCCAGAACCGGAUUUCGUUGGCAGCUAUGACAUUGGACAGUACGUACUAUUUUUCUUCCGCGAAACAGCUGUGGAAUACAUCAACUGCGGCAAGAACGUGUACUCGCGCGUGGCCAGGGUUUGCAAGAGAGACACGGGAGGCAAGAACAUUCUCAGCCAAAACUGGGCCACUUACCUCAAGGCCAGACUCAACUGCUCCAUACCGGGAGAGUUUCCUUUCUACUUCAACGAGAUACAGAGCAUCUACAAAGUGCCGGGUGAUGACACGACAUUCUACGGCGUGUUCACGACUUCAACGACCGGCCUGAUGGGGAGCGCCAUCUGUUCGUUCAGCUUGGAAUCAAUCGAAGCUGCCUUCCGCGGCCGAUUCAAGGAGCAGGCCACUUCUAGCUCGGCCUGGUUGCCCGUGCUGACUAGCCGCGUUCCCGAACCACGCCCUGGACAAUGUGUCAACGACACGGAAACACUGCCAGACACUGUUCUCAACUUUAUCCGCUCGCACCCUUUGAUGGACUCGGCUGUGGGGCACAAGGAUGACAAACCAGUCUUCUACAAACGCGAUCUGCUUUUCACCAAAUUGGUGGUCGACAAAUUGCGUUACGAUGUCUUCGGAGAUGCCCUGGAAUUCACUGUUUACUAUGCUGGUACUAGUGAGGGAAGAUACUUCUUACUAACUCUAGUUCCAGCUCUAAAGCACAAAUCGCUGUACAUAGCCAGUGACGAGCGUGUGAGACAGAUCGACCUGGUUAUGUGCACCCGCCGUUACGACAGCUGCCUGCGGUGUGUGAGGGACCCCUACUGUGGCUGGGACAAGGACUCCAACACCUGUCGGCCCUUCCAGCCCGGACUGCUGCAAGAUGUGACGAACAGCACAGCGGGAGUUUGCGAAAGUUCAGUGGUGAAGAAGAAGCUGGCUGUGACCUGGGGUCAGAGUGUGCAUCUCAGCUGCUUCGAGCGCAUGCCCCAGGUGCUGUCUUCCCAGGCUGUCACCUGGUAUCACUACAGCAAGGAGAAGGGUCGCUACCAGAUCGUCUACAGGUCGGACAAGUACAUAGAGACGUGCGAGCGCGGUCUUGUGAUCGUGGCAGCCAAUGAACAAGAUGGCGGCGCUUACGACUGCUGGCUGGGAGGGGCGCUGCUCUGCUCCUUCAACAUCACAGUCGACACCCACCGCUGUUCCCCGCCCAACAAGUCACGUGACUACCACAAGAUCUACUCCGACUGGUGUCACGAGUUCGAGAAGUACAAGAACGCCAUGAAGAACUGGCAACGCAAGCAAGAGCAAUGCAGUACAAGACACAAUGGCAGUUUGAAUCAAAACCUGCAUCCCAACGAAAUUCUGCACCAAGAUUUGACAACGGUUUGAUGGCCACUCGCAAGAUCCGGCCUUCUGAUUGGACGUCGCUGAACGGUGCUGCUCUGUGAUUGGUCCACACCUUCCUACUCUCGAACAAGGCUCCUCUCCAAUACUCGUACCAAUAUGACACCACAUCUACCUACUCUCAAACAAGGAUCCCCUCCAAUACUUGUACCAUUUAAUAUUACACUUCUACCUACUCUCAAACAAGGAUCCUCUCCAAUACUUGUACAAUAAUUUAGGGCCGUUUGCACAGUAUAGAAUGCUAAACUCGAUUAAGUUAAUCCAGUUUAAGUUAAUCUGAAAGUUUAAACUUGAAUCGGUUUUCUCAGUGCAUUUACUAAUGCAGUUUAAGUUAAACCAGUUUAGCGUUAAGUUGGUAAUAGAAUGUCAUCGUUGAUAAUAUCAGGAAGGCUGAUUUUUACAGGAAAUUUGUUAUUUGUUUACACUUUACAAAACAUCAGUAAAUUGUGGUUAUGUAGCUACUAUUUCCUCAUUCAAAAUCCACAGAGCUGUAAUCUGUACGGUAAUGAAAGAGAAAAGCGAUCAAGAAAUUCCUCAAAAAAUGAUGAAAUGCUAUAUUACUAUUAGAAACAAACUUAUAUUUAGUUGGC